UCUUCAGCUGUGGAUAGGAGUGGUCUUUUUCAUACGGCCGGGAAGCAGAAGGAAACCUCAUUCAGUAUAUUGAAAGUGCGAAUUGUAUUUUUGCAACGUAAUUUUGUUAAACCGGACAGUUGCAAACACAAUACUUCGCAAAAGGAAACAUUUUUUUACAUUCUGUCACUUCGUAUUGAAGGUGUAAGACGAUAAGGCAGUAUUUUUUUUCCAAUAUCAAGCUACUUUUGGUUAUAUAUUGGAAGACACGCUCUCUGCAGUGGAUGAUGCAGAAAAGGGGCAACCAUGUAAUGUAUGUGGAGACCAGUGCCCAGGGUUGACAUUACAUAAUUGGAGAAAAAUCUGUCUUCACUGCAAGUGCCCACGUGAGGAACAUAUAGUGACAGUGAUGCCUUUAGAAAUGGAGAAGACUGUGAACAAACUCAUGUAUGAUUUUCAGAGGAACUCCACAUCUGAUGAUGAUUCUGGCUGCGCUUUGGAGGAAUAUGCCUGGGUUCCUCCCGGAUUGAAACCUGAACAGGUACAUCAGUACUACAACUGUCUCCCCGAAGAUAAAGUUCCUUAUGUUAACAGCCCUGGAGAGAAGUAUAGAAUUAAGCAGCUGUUACAUCAACUACCACCACAUGACAAUGAGGUUCGGUACUGCAAUUCACUUGAUGAAGAAGAAAAGAAAGAACUGCGUCUUUUUAGCAGUCAAAGAAAAAGGGAAAGUUUGGGAAGAGGUACUGUUAGACCAUUCCCUAUAACUAUGACUGGUGCAAUUUGUGAACAGUGUGGAGGACAAAUCAGUGGAGGAGACAUCGCUGUAUUUGCCUCACGAGCAGGCCAUGGAAUUUGCUGGCAUCCUCGGUGCUUUGUCUGUGCAACGUGCAAUGAACUGUUGGUGGACCUUAUUUAUUUUUAUCAAAAUGGGAAGAUAUAUUGUGGGAGACAUCAUGCUGAGCGAUUGAAGCCCAGAUGUGCAGCAUGUGAUGAGAUAAUAUUUGCAGAUGAGUGCACAGAGGCUGAAAGCAGGCAUUGGCAUAUGAAACACUUCUGCUGCUUUGAGUGUGAAACUGCCCUGGGAGGCCAAAGAUACAUCAUGAAAGAAGGUCGACCCUAUUGUUGUAACUGCUUUGAGUCUCUAUAUGCAGAAUAUUGUGAUACAUGUGGUGAACAUAUAGGUAUUGACCAAGGGCAGAUGACAUAUGAUGGUCAACACUGGCAUGCUACUGAGUUGUGUUUCUGCUGUGCACGCUGCAAGAAGUCAUUACUUGGACGACCUUUCCUACCGAAGCAAGGACAGAUAUUUUGUUCCAGAUCAUGCAGCCUUGGGGAUGAUGCUAAUGGCUCUGAUUCUUCAGACUCUGCAUUUCAAAGUGCACGAUCAAGGGAGUCCCGGCGCAGUGCUAGAAUAGGCAGAAACAGCAGUAAAGUAGAAGAUAAAAGCUUAAGACAAACUAUCUCACAACCUGCAAUGAGCAGGUAUUCUGCAGAUAUUGAUCCUCUUUCUCAGCAAAUGGACAUGCUUAGUCUUGCUGGCCAAGCUACCAGUUUAAACAAAGAAGCACUAUGGAAAACCAGAGAUACCUAUCAGUUUGACGAUAAUUCUACUGAGAGGGCUACAUUUACAGAAAGACCUUCUCAACCUCUCAAUCAGUAUAGCGUAAGGACUGAAUUUAAUCCAACACAGUGUAUAACUAAUCAAACUGAUAUAUGGGGAAAAGAAUUUAAUACAAAGAGAAAUUCAGUUGCUGCCUUGAAAGAUCAUAGUGAUAGUUUUAUUCAAGAAAAGAAAGAUGAUUAUUAUCCUGCAACAAUCAGAACUCAAGAAAGUUUCAGUAGUGCUUCAACCCAUAGUAUUCCUGAAUCUCGAUCAAAUCCAACUGUGCAGGGAUAUGAGAUGGAAAGAGAGUUGAUUUCUCAUCAGUGUCGAACCAGGCAUCCAAUCAAUGCACUUAGUUUCACUGAUCAGCUCACACUUCUGCAACAAACCCCAAGGGAAUCAAUAGAAUCUCUUGCACUUUCAAAUGCAACAGGGGCUUCAAUGGAAGGUGGUGCCAGGCGCCAAGAACAUUUGUCCAGGUUUUCAAUGCCAGAUUUGAGCAAAGACUCUGGGAUGAAUGGAUCAGAAAAACUUAGCAACAUGGGUACACUCAAUUCUUCUGCUAGAUUUAGAAGCACGGAGUCCAUUCGAAGUCUGAACUCUGCCCAGCAGUACCAGGAUCUGCAGCCACCCUUGGACAGACUAAGGCACCCUUUGCAGUAUAGACAAUCAUCUGCUCAAGGAAGAAUGCCACCAGGGUUUGACUGCCCAGAUGGUGCCAUAAGCAACAGGAUGCAAAAUAGCAUGAAUGCUAGAAUCACGCCCAUGAGUGAACGGACACAGAGGCGUAUGCAUAAUCAGGAGAACAACUCUCGCCAUCAUCGCCACAGAUCGAGGAGAUCCAGACGGUCUCGUUCUGAUAAUGCUCUUCACCUUGCUUCUGACAGACGCUAUCAAAUGAGGGACAGGUCGCACGUGUUUUCAGGUGAAGACUAUGAUCAGUUACUGAUGCGAAGAAACAGCAGGGAUGCAUUUGGAAAUGGUCAGUUGAGGGAUCCAUAUAGUCGGUAUCCCAGAACAGCAUCUGACUUGACACUGCAGAACCAAGUAGGUGAAAAGUUGCUCAGACCUUAUUUUAACGACCAUGAUGAUUGGUGUUCUACCUGUUCCUCCUCCUCAGAAUCUGAGGAAGAAGGAUACUUCCUGGGUCAACCCAUUCCACGUCCCGUUCAGCUACGUCCCAUCACUAAUGAUGAAUUUAUGUAUGGUUACAAUUCACCUAUUCCUUUAUCAUCCUCUCUGAGUGGCAGAUACCAAUCACAUUAUAGGAAGAGACAAAAAAGCAAGAACUGCGUUAUCUCAUAACAUUUUGCACAAUUUAUUUCUAGCAAGAAUGUAAACUAAAAAGUUGCACUCGCAUUAAUUAUUAAAAAGUAACAUUGGCAAAGGCAAUAUGACUUAUCAGUAUUUAAAAGCUACUACAAUAUUACUGUGGUUAAAUGAAGGAGUUUUUUGCUUGCUUUUUCGUUUUGUCUUUUCUUUUGUAAUAUAAUACCUAAUAUACAUUCUACAAUUAUAGUCUAUCAAAUACAUAGUAUACAUUACUAGAAUUCCAUUGCCUGCAUAGCUGUGAGCAUGUUUACAACUUAAGAUAUUUGUCUAUGAUCUAAUUGUGUACUGUAUUUUCCUUUCACUGCCAGUGUUAUAGAUCAAGCUUAACAAUCAAUAUACCAAACAAUGUUACAGAACUGCUUAACCUAUUGUGUUUAAAAUGCAAUGUGUUAUAAUUAAAGUUAAAAUUUCACUAAGUUAAUUUUAUCUUCUGUACAUAUCAUGCAAACAAGGAUUUCUAAAGAAGUAUUUUUAUAUUUUGUAAUGUAAAAAGUGUUUUGAGGUAGUAGUUCAUGCAUGUUCACUUUA